AGCAAACUUGGGUUUUGACGAAUACACAAACAUUUUCAUCUGUACUUCCUUUUAAGUGUUGCAAUUUUCCACAUCGACCUUUUCAAGACUAUUUCGGGAGAAACGUGUCAGGAUGAAAACCAGUGGAUAUGUCCCGGAAUUUCAGGCCGUGGUUUUGGCCGGAGGCAAAGGAAGUCGUUUCACGGACGUGACUCAGAACAAGGCCAAAUGUCUCUUGCCCGUGGGAAAUUUGCCCUUGCUCUGGUAUCCACUCAAUAUGCUCCAAAGAAAUGGCUUCCAAGAGGUGAUUGUGGUUGUCUCCGAGGCUUGUAAAUCCGAGGUCAACGGCUUAGCCAAGCGUUACGGUCUGGAUAUGAAACUGGACGUGGUAGCUUUGUCCGCACAAGAAGAUCCUGGCACGGCGGAAGCGCUCCGGUUGGUCCAUGACCGCAUUUCAUCGCCACGUGUAAUAGUUUUGUCCGGAGAUUUGAUCACAGACCUCAAGCUUCAUCAUCUCACUGACCUCCACCGAGCUCAUAGAUCCGCUUUGACCGCCUUAUUCGCCCAAAAUACCUUGGAUCACAAGACCAUUCCCGUACCCGGACCCAAGAGCAAGCCCAAGAAAGAAAAGGACUUUGUUGGGAUUGACAAAGGCACCAAUCAGUUGUGUUACAUAUCCUCCGAGGCUGACUUGGACGAAUUUCUGAGCGUGAGGAGGUCACUACUCAUGGAGCAUCCCCGCCUAUCUGUUUUCACCAACUUGAUUGACGCUCACUUUUAUAUCUUCGAGUCGUGGGUUUUAGAUUUCCUGGCCAAGGACGACAUAUCGAGUAUCAAAGGAGAGCUCGUCCCGCACCUGGUGAAAAAACAGCAUAGCAAGAACCCGGAUCAAAAUCAACCCAAACCGGAGGAUGACGUGUCCGAUUUGAAAAACAAUCCCAACAAGAGUCUGCACGCCGAUGAUCCCCAGGAUAUCUUCUCGUAUAUGUGCACGGAUUCUAUGGCUGACAAGAGCCAAGAGCUUUCUACUUGGACUGACCACACCGGGGAUCUCAAAGGCGCCUACCGCAAUCGUCCACUUCGAGUUUACGCCCACGUUAUGGACACGGGGACUUGUUUGAGAGCCAACAAUUUGUACGCUUACUGUGAGCUCAAUCGGCAGAUUAGUCGAUGGAUGAAUGCCCUGGCACCUCACCGAGAACCGGUUCAUCUCCAUCCUAAUUCUAAGGUAGAGCCAAGGGCUCAAGUGGGGGUCGAGUGUCAAAUUGGCGAAGGAUCCUUUGUGUCUAACAAGACCACCUUGAAGAACUCCAUUUUGGGAGUGAAUUGCAAAGUGGACGAGAAAGUGAAGCUAUUGAAUUGCAUAAUCAUGGAUAAUGUGCACGUAAAGGAAGGGUGCCAAAUCACGGGCAGCCUCAUCUGUGAUGGCGUGAUUGUUCCGGAACGAUGUGAGAUCAAGGACUGUAUUGUGGGCAAGAGCUACAAGUUCGUUGUGGGUGGUAAACACGCCAAUGAGACCUUGGGCGACGAUCAAAACAGGAUGAUGGAAAUUUGAAUGGACUUUAGGCGCUGAAUUGAGUAGGUGGUCAAUAAAGAAUACCGUGGUAUGUCCGAGUAUUGCUCCCUGUUUUUGUUUUGCUAUUUGUUCAAUGAGCAGAAAUUAUAGAGGUAAAACUUAUCAUAAUACCUAAUUGUAGGAAACGAUUUUUUUUUCUUCCAGAAAUACAUGUAUUUUCUUGCUUUUCA